UUGUAAACAAACCACUUCAAAACUUUGACAGAAGAGUCACGAGAUAGAAACCUACGUCUUAUCAUCUUAUAUUACGACGUGUGGGCACUAGUCAGACUAAUGAUGAGAUUAAGAGCAAUUCAUAGAUAACAUUCUUGAAAUAAUUAACGAAGGAGACUCGCUAGGUUGUUAUAAAUUCGACGAAGUACCUAGUUCUUCUAUCCACAAGGUUAAUCAUGGCUAAUCGAUUCUUUGAAGGAGCAGCUCAUGCAGCUGCUUAUGCAAAAUUUAGACCACAGCCUCCAACAAGUCUUAUUGAGCGUAUUGUUUCUUUCUUGAAAGAAGGGUACUCGGGAACUUUGGAUGUGGCUGCUGAUGUAGGAUGUGGCACAGGCCAGAGUACAGAAGUGUUGACUCCUUAUUUUGAGAAUGUUACAGGCCUUGACAUAUCAGCAGCACAAGUUUCUGAAGCCGCCAAGCUUUCUUUAUCUAAUCCAAAAAUUUGUUUCAAGGUUAGUGGUGCAGAAGCACUUCCUUUCAAAGAAAACAGUGUACAACUCGUGACAGCCAGCCAGGCAUGCCAUUGGUUUGAUAUGCCUGCCUUUUACAAAGAAGUUGAUAGGAUUCUUGUACCAGGUGGUGUUCUGGCCCUUUAUGGUUACUUGUUACCAAGACCUGUUCAUAAGCAUCAUUCAGAAGAAUUGUAUGGACUUCUUGAUCAUGUAUAUACAGUAGAAACAGAAGGCUGCUGGGGAAGUGCCCGAAAAGAUGUGGAUGAAGCCUAUUCGAAUGAUAGAUUCAUCAUCCCAUAUCCUGGUAUUGUCAGGGAUGAAACGCAUUACGUAGAUAAGAUGAUGUCAGUGUCGGAUGUAACUGGCGAACUUACUUCUUGGUCAGGUUUUCAGAAUUUCAAGGAGAAAAAUGGGGAACUAGCAGCUCAAAAAAUACUUGAUGAUUUCCAAAAUGGGUUUAUGAAGCUCCUAGACGUACCAACUGCUCCAGAAGACACCCAGCAUCCUGAUGUUUCCAGUGAAUACAAGUUUUUAAAGCAAGCAGUGAAGGAUGAAUGCAUUGUGGCAGAUGACGAGUUGAGCUUAAUUUUAAUUGUCAAUGUAUCAGAAGUCCAGUAAGUAGAACCACGUCGAGAGUGAACUUCUAUCACCAGAAAUACACACCUCUCACCCCUCAGUGGAACUCCCGAGAAUCGAACUCACGGCCACCGAAGUGGCAUGCCAACACCAUACCAACCAUGCCAUUGAGGCGCUGCCAAUUUCAUUGGCGUCAUGCAAGUUUCAUCCCUUUAGAUCCAGGUGGCAUCAUCUGUAAAUUAUUAACAAAGCUAGCCAUAAAUAGCAUUGGAAUAACAUCUGUGGUGUUGGGAGACUGUAAUUCCCUCUCCAAAGCAAGUAGGUGCUGUUCAAAUUCAUUUAUCAUUAAGCCAGUACAAUAGAGUAUCACAAAAAUAUUGCACACAGUAAUUGGCAUAAAUCGUAACAAAAUACCAUGUUUCAUUUGAAAGAAAAUUUCUCUUACUUUUCCAUGGUACAACAAAAUUUAUAAAUCUUUUCAAAAAAAUAUUUGCAAAAUGAUUAGUCUGUUGAUGGCUAACUUCAAGACGACGACGUCACCAUAUACUAAUUACGCCAUUUUUAAUGUUCUAAGAUACCACUAUAAAGCAUAAUUAUUUGGUCUUGGAAAAACUGAAAAGAAAGGGUUAACCAAAAUAAAAUGGAGAAAGGCACAUUCCUCCUUUCUUCUUAGAAAUUGCAACUAGUACUGUAUUUAGUUUAUCAUGUAAUUAGUGUCGAAUCUACACAUACUGAUUACUAUAGCAUAUACUGAUGCCCAAUGUAAAAAAAAAAAAAAUUAUGUAAUUUCUUAAUGAUUUUUGUAUUGCAUCUUCAUUGAAUUGAAUAUAUUAUAGACAAACCCCUUAAAAAUUUUCAAGGUUUCAAAGAUUCCAGUUACUUCAUUUGUCAUUAAAUUUUGCCCGCCACAAUGAAUCUAGUGGCAAAGGUGGAUGGGAGCAACCAGGAUUUUGAAUGUUGUCCUAUGUGAUUGUUUUCUUCACACUGCUUAUUUUGUGUGCAGAUGUGCCAUGCUCAGCUGUUGCAGACUAUGGGCUAAUGAGAUGUCAAUGCCAUACAUUUUAGUCCUGUCAGGCAUUAAAUGCAAGAGUGAGGUGGUAUGUAGUUAUUUUGCCAUAGAACUUUAUUACCAGGGACAAAAGUGGGAGUGUAUGGUAAGUAAUUUAGUGUGCGCUCUUUUUGGGCAAAUCAUUUCUUGACUUAGUCAUUAACCCUUAUAGGAUGUAUAGGAUGCCAUAAAAAGUUUGAGUUAAAUUGAAACAUUCAUACAGAUCGCCUCAACAGCAAAUACUGGUUGAUGUUCUUGAUCAUAUGGUUCAAGACAAAGUAUGCCAACUUAUAUAUCACUAGAAAGCUAAUGCUUUGAGUUUGGCAUGUUGGUAUAAUGCAAAGCACCAACUUGAAAGCAAAUGGGUGAAUGUUAGAAUGUUGACCAAGUAUAUUUUUUAAAUAAAAAAUGAAUAAAUGUUUACUGCACUCUAUAUAUUUAUGAGUCACUUUCUAACAUUCAACCAUGUGCUUUCAAGUUGCUGCUUUGAAUUACACUAAAAUGUUCAGCUCAAAGAAUUAGCUCUCUAAUGACAUAGCUGGCAUACUAGAGGUCAGACCAUCAGCUCUCCAAUUAUUUAUUGAAAAUAAAUAAUCUUGAAAAUUUCUGACUAACACAUUACUCAUGUAUUCCAGUUUCAUGCAAAAAGUAUCACAUUCUUGUUUUAUGCUACUCAACAAAAUCCAUCAAUAGGUGUCUGCACAUCAAUCAUCUUGAUAAACUAGACACACCUUCAAUUGAAGUAUAGUUAUAAAGUACUUUCCAGUAUCUUUUGUCAUUUAUUAAUAACAAAAGAUUUUUAAAUCAGAGCAAGUACACAUACUGUGUACUAAACUAGAAACUCCCAAUAUAUGUAUAAUUAAUCUUGUCAAAUGAUCCUAACAAAAUGGUAGCAGAAACAGUUUGGUAAUGCAAUCAGCUUGAUAAACACACUUUGGACUAGUCUACAUUUAUUUAAUGGUUAGCCUGUGCUAUUUUUAUACUGUAACACAAAAAAAUUCUUGAGUUACGAGAAACCCAUUCUAAUAUGUUGCCCCUUUAAACUGGGAAAUUACACCAAAUAUGUUACAUGUGGUUCUUAGCACUUCCCUGGCCUUGGAUCAUUUGUUUGAAAGCCAUAAUAGGAACUAAUGCUUUGAUUUGUUGCAGACAUGGAAUCUUUUGACCAUCAGAAAGACAUUUUGGUGAUGAAGCCAGGCCACCAAGAUUCUUAGAUACACCCAAAAUGUGGAUGAAAGUUAAGUUUUCAUAUCUGCAUCAGACAAAUAUAUAUAACUACAUCUGGAGUAACAGGUAAACAGGGCAAACUUUUUGAGCAUACUGACACUUCAAAUUCUAACAGGUAUGGUGUUUCCCCUAUGCCUUUUUUUUUCAGUUACACUAUUUUGGAAUAGUUGUAUUCUGCAUACCUUCCCUCUUGUUUUACAUGGUAAAUAUAAUUUUGAUUCUUAGGAAAGUCAAGUCUAAUUGCUUCUUGACUGUAACAGUAUAUUGGAUUACUUUACCAGUUUGUGGUUUUUGUGGGACUUUCAUUACCAGUUUUCAAUUUGCAAUUGCUAAUUGAUUUUGGACAAGUUUUCAUGGUAAUGGCCAGUUUGCAGGUGAUAGGAUUGAGUACUUGGGCCGAGUUGUUGCAUUUUAAUGGGCAUAUGCCUCUUUGGUUCUGCAUUUUUGUGGGCUCUCUGCCUCUGAAAAUUUGCUUUAUUUAUUAAAAAUAAGACUAUGAAGGACGAAGAUGUGUGGCUGUUUAUAGGGUGUACAUUUUUAUAUAUAUAUUUUCAUUAUCAUUACAAGCCAGUUACCAAAGCCUGCAUUUUCUCCUCUAUGAAUGGAAAUGAAAUGAUAAAGUUUUCCAAAAAUCUAUUUUAGUUAACUUUUAUGCAUGAAUUGAGCACUACAGUAUAUACUUUUUCCUGAAUUUAAACUAUAUUUCUCUCUAUUUUUGUACUGAUUCCUAACAAAAGUAAAAUUAAACAAAAACACUUAACACCUUGUCUCUGCAAAACUGGUGGUUGGAUUUUGUCUUAAAUUUAGCAAGCAUUAGUAUUUUGAAAGGUUUUACAUAACUUUGCUUCUUUCAUUGUUGAUGUAUGAUGAUUAUUACUAUUAUAAAAGAUUAGUUUAUCCAGACCUCUGAGUUUAAUAAAGGUUCUCCUCGGGCUGGUUAGAUUAUGUAUGAUGAAAUAUCUGCUAAACUGUUUACUGUUAGAUUAUGUAUGAUGAAAUAUCUGCAAAACUGUUUACUGUUAGAUUAUGUAUGAUGAAAUAUCUGCUAAACUGUUUACUUCUAGCUUCGAAUUUCACUGUUCUUUUGGUCUUGUUUCAAUUUCUUGUUUAAUAUUGUAUGAAUUCAAUUUUUAAAAUUAAGGUCAAAGUCAACAGCAUUCCUGUUAAGAGCAUACUACCCAUAUGUGUCUUUCAAAUGGCUUUUUUUACUUUGGUUUGGAGCUAUGAUUUCUUCAUUUAUGUACACAACUCCCUUAUUUUUAAUGUUUUAUACACUCGAGCUAUUCAGAUACUAAAUAGUGACAGGUUUAUAAUUAUGAACAAAAUAUAACACGAGACCUACAUGAUUUGUUGUUUAGUGACCUCACUUGUCAUAUUCUGUAGGCCUAUGGAAAUUUGUACUGCUAUUAUUUAUACAUAUUAUUUUCUCCAUUUGUAAAAAAUCAAAUUACUUGUUACCUCAAGUAUGUAACAGAAUAUGUAUGCAUUCCAACAAUUUUUAACAUGUUUUAACAUGUACGUAAUAUACAGCAUGAUAUGAAGUGUAAAACUAUACGAGCAAAAGGUCCAAACUUUGAAAUAAAAAUUUUCAUUAUUAUUUCACUUUUGUAUUUAAUAUUUAAUUAAAUUUCAUUCAUAAUUAAAACUCAUUCUACACAAAAAUGUACAUCUAAUGUUAAUGUGCAUAUACUUCCCUUUAUAUAAAAAGGCACCUAUAUUUAAUGCCCUACUUAAAAUCAUCUAU